CAUUGCAACCGAGAGCUCUCAUCGCAUCCAUUUGAUGACACAAAACAAUCUCAUAAUUUCACACAACCGAACCCAAUACUCUACCCAACAAACAAGCAAACAGGAUACACUGAACGUCCCUUCCAAAGAAGAUAACUGAAGCAAUGACGGACUCCAACUCUGGGAAUCCGCCCAACAUGCCUGACUCCAAGUUGGUGUCAGACACCAUUGUUACUACCGACGGAAAAGUCGCCGAUACUUCGCCGCCGAUUGAAGAUAUGGAAGCACCUCCGCAGCCUCCCGUGGUCGAACCAACCAUCAAAGAGCUACCCAGCAAUACCUCCUCUGCCUCCUCUACUUCUGCCGCCGAGCCUCCCGCGGAUGCCCCUUACCGAUACAAGAUCGGUCGAAUGCCCGAAGAAGAAGCGUGGUUUCUCUCGCGUACAUUCUUUCUCUGGGCCCGUCCCCUCUUUCAACGAGCGUCCUAUCUGGCCAAGCGAGGCCAGGCUCUGGAACAGGACGAUCUCUUACCCCUACCCACCCAAGAUCACGGAGGCGUCUUGGGUAACACUUUUGAAACGGCCUGGAAAAAGGCUGUUCAAGAAGCACCCACUCAGGUUACCUCUCAAAAGCUCUCCGAGCUCAAGGGACAGCAGAGCCGAUCCACUGCCAAAGUCCGCAAGGCUGUCGGUGCUGUCAUUGGACGGGCCUUUUGGUUGGCUGGAUUCAUCAAGGUCGUCAAUACCGGCUUGCAAUUCACUUUCCCGCUCCUCUUGAAUGCCAUCCUGUCCUUUAUCGAAGAUACGCAGGCAGGACGCAUCCCGGACGAUGCUCCCUGGCACGAACAGUACCGUGGAUACCUCUUGUCGGUUCUUCUCUUUGUUUUCAUGGCUUCCAAGGCCGUGACGGAAAACGUUUACUUUCACAAGGUGUACCGCUCGGGAUACCAGUCUCGUGUGGCUGUCAGUGUGGCUGUGUACAAUAAGAGUCUCCGGUUGGCCAAUGCCGAACGGCAGGACACGACACUGGGUGAACUCAUCAACCUGAUGCAAGUGGAUGCUACCAAGAUUGAAAUGUUUGUGCCACAGAUUCACGUCUUGUGGGACGGAUUGUUGCAGAUCACCGGAUACAUGACAAUUCUCUAUACGCUCAUUGGAUGGCCUUGCUUUGUGGGAUUGGCACUCAUGUUGGUCUCGGGUCCUAUGCAAGGAAUCAUCAUGGGCAAAAUGUUUGGAGAGAAUCACAAAAUGGUCAAGUUCACCGACAAACGCGUCAAAACUACCAACGAAGCCCUUCAGGGCAUUCAAUGCGUCAAAAUGUACACUUGGGAAGAAUCGUUCUAUCAAGAGAUCAGCAAAUGCCGCGACGGAGAGCUGGGACACUUGAAAGCCAUUGCCUACUUGCGAGCCUUUAGUCGAUCCUACAUGAGUGCCUUGCCCGGACUAGUGGCCGUGGUUUCCUUCUUGGCAUAUGCCUUGGCUGUCCCUGAUGCCAACGUUUCCGCCUCGACACUCUUUGCGGCAUUGGCCGCCUUUGAUCAGUUGCGAUUCCCACUCCUCUUUUACCCCAUGGCAUUGGCGCAACUCUCGCAGGCUCAAGUCUCGGCCGCACGUGUGGAGAACUUUUUGGGAAUGAAAGAAGUUGGCAAGGGCGAAGUUCGCGAGGGCGCUUUGUACACACGUGUGAAUGAUGCUACUACCGAGGGUGCUGGUGAGAUUGCCGUCGAUAACGCAACCAUCUACUGGGCCGAUCCCAAUGUUCCAAUUGUCAAAAAUCAAUCCAGUCAUGAUGAUGAUUCAUCCGUCUCGAGCAAGUCAGUAGCGAGCAGCAGAAAGUCGGGUCAAUCCAAAUCCACAGUGAAGGAAGACCUGAUGAGCGGAGAACUCUCGGCAGCUGGCUCCGAAGCUGAGUUGGUGUAUCCCAAGCCCGUCCUGGAGAACGUAUCGUUUGAAGUGAAGCCUGGGGAACUCUGUGCUGUCGUUGGGCGUGUGGCCAGUGGCAAGAGUACCUUGUGCUCCUCUGUUCUCAACGAGACUAUCCUGGGAAGUGGCAACGUCACCCUCAAAGGAAAGGUCGCAUAUGCGGCUCAAUCUCCCUGGAUCCUUAACGCGACUCUCCGCGACAACAUUCUUUUCGGGUUACCUAUGGACGAAGCCAAGUACCGUCGUGUUCUUGAAGCUUGUCAGUUGUCUUACGAUCUCGAAUUGUUGGAACAAGGCGACAUGACUGAGAUUGGAGAGCGUGGAAUCAACCUUUCGGGUGGACAGAAGCAACGUGUAAGUGUGGCUCGUGCUGCCUACGCUGACGCCGAAACCAUCAUUUUGGAUGAUCCUUUGAGUGCCCUGGAUCCAGAGGUUGGCAAGAAGUUGUUUGACGAAUGCGUUGUCAAAUUGAUGCACGGAAAGACUCGCCUUUUGGUAACCAAUCAACUUCAGUUCAUCCAGUUCUGUGACAGCAUUGUGGCCUUGGGUCAAGGACGCGUCCUGGAACAGGGAUCAUAUGAGCACCUGAGCCUUGCCGGAGGCGAAGUCCAACGUAUCCUAAACGAGCUUGCUGCUGGGAAAGAAUCGGUGCAGGAGUCCACCAACGGAAAAGACAAGAAGAAAAAGAAGUCAAAAGAUAAGAAAAAGGCCAAGGCAAGUGAAACGUCUUCAACCACCCCGCAAGACAUGCAGAAGGAAAACACUGGCUUGGUGACAAAGGAGGAACGAAAUGUUGGGGCUGUCGCUGCGUCUGUCUACGGAAACUACAUGAAGUCGGGUGGCGGAUAUUUGAAGUUCUUCGUCGUGUACUUUGCAUUCAUCCUUUCGGCCGCCAAUGGUUUGGCAAGCGUAUCGUGGGUGUCUUUCUGGACAAGUGAUGCCAACUACGAGAAAAACUCACAGGGAUUCUACUUGGGAAUGUACGGUCUGAUUGCAGUCACUCUGGGUGUUGUCACUUACGUCAGAACUUACCUGCUCGUCAGGUUUGGUGUUGAUGCAUCCGAGAAGAUCCACGGUGACCUAUUGAAGUCCAUCCUGAAUGCUCCCCAAAGCUUCUUUGACACAACUCCCAUUGGUCGCAUUCUGUCUCGCUUUUCGAAGGAUUUGUACUCCAUCGACGUUGAGCUGGCUGAGUACUUGGACUUCUUUAUGUUCAUGAGUCUGCAAGUUGUCGUGUCUCUGGGAACAAUCAUGUUCGUCACGCCUUGGUUUGGGCUCGCCAUCCUUCCGCUUGCCGUCAUAUACAUCAACUUUUUGAACUAUUUCAGGAACGUUGCUCGAGAGACCAAGCGCUUGGAGAGUGUGUCGCGAUCCCCCGUCUACGCUCAAUUCAGCGAAACCCUCGGGGGGCUGGUUACCAUUCGAGCCUUCGGCCAGGGCACUAGAUUCAUGGAUGGCUUCGAGGAAAGAGUUGACUACAACAUUCGCGCCUGGUAUUGCAACAGGAUGGCUGAUCGAUGGUUGUCGGUUCGGCUGGAGAUUGUAGGAGCAAUCUGUGCAGGCCUCGCCGCCAUCUUUGCUUCCAAUGUGGCAAUCUCAGGUGCCGGAUCUGGGGCUCCCAGCGAUUCCAACUUUGCAUCGUUGGCGGGCCUGUCGCUCACUUUUGCCAUCUCGGUAACAAGUCUUCUGAAUUGGUGCGUUCGAUCAUUCGCACAACUGGAAGCCGCCAUGAACGCCUGCGAGCGUGUCCUUCAUUACACUGAAGCGAUCCCACAAGAAGCAGCACGUACAUCAGAAGAGUUGGAGCGACAGGCUGCUGAUAGCCAAGAUCCUCGGGAUCCAUCCAGUCCUUCCACUUUUGCUGUAACGGCCAACGGUGGAAAGGCCGAAUCCUUCUCUAAACAAUGGCCAGACAAGGGGGCCAUCACUUUGCAGAAUCUCAAGAUGCGAUACAGAAAGGACACGCCACUUGUGCUCAAGGGCUUGUCAGUUUCCAUUAACGGGGGAGAACGCAUUGGUGUUGUGGGCAGGACCGGCUCGGGCAAGUCCAGUCUGUUGUUGACUCUACUUCGGUUGGUAGAGCCAUCACUGGACGACAACGGUGGCCAAUACAACGAAUCACCCAUUUCGAUUGAUGGUGUUGACACCUUACGUGUCGGUUUGAAGGAGUUGCGCUCUAGAUUGGGGAUCAUUCCUCAGAAUCCCGUCCUCUUCUCCGGUACCAUUCGUUCCAACAUUGAUCCAUUUGAUGAAUACACCGAUGAUCAAAUUUGGGCUGCCUUGGAAAAGUGUGGCAUGAAGACGGCCGUGGUGGAAAUGCCUGGUAUGCUAGAUGCGACUGUGUCGGAAUACGGAGAGAACUUGAGCGCCGGGUCUCGCCAAAUGUUGGUGUUGGGCCGCGCUCUCUUGAAACAGUGCCGCAUCUUGCUCCUCGAUGAAGCGACCAGCUCGGUGGACUACGAGACGGAUCGUGAGAUUCAACGCACCAUCCGAGAAGCCUUCCCCGGCUGCACGGUUUUGACAAUUGCUCACAGAAUCAACACCAUUAUGGAUUCGGACAAGAUCCUUGUGAUGAAGGAUGGUUUGGCCGCCGAGUUUGCUCCACCACAAGAGCUUCUGGGGGAUGCGAAUUCCAUCUUUGCGGACAUUGUCCGUCACAGCAACCAAGACAACGAAGGAGGAGAGGCUAAAGAAGACUAAAUAAUCAAGUCUGCGUAUUCAUGACCACACUGGUACGAAUGAAUAACCAAUAAUGGACGUAUGCACAUUCUGUGGCAAACUGCAUGUGGCUUUGCAAAUUGUGUCUUUAGUAGAUGGUGUGUGUUUUCUAGCUAGUGCACUAGGCUAUGACAUGACUCCUUCAUCGACCUCUGCUUUCCAAAACCUCAAGGAUUGCUCUUCAUCGGCCAAAAAGGGUGAAUUUUCGACGUAUAUUUCGUCGUUGCCCAGCCGCCACAGUUUCAAGUCCUUCUUGUGGGUAGUGUCCAUCAAGACCAUGGCACUUCCAAUGGGUUCCACCCCCAUCAAUGUGGCCAUGGGAUCUUGGACAAACUUUUCUCGUAACUGCGCCAGUUUGGGAUUGUCGUGUUCUUCUACGAGUGUAAAAACUUGUGUGGUGCGUCCAAUCAAUUUGAGAACGAGUUCCAAAUGAGCAUUGGGCGGAAUUUCUUUGGUCAAGAGACUGCGCAAAUCUGUACCAACAUGGCUUCGGGGGUCGGAUCGACGGUGGGAUAAAUGGUUUCUCGGACAAACUUCCAUUUCUUUUGUUUUUCCUUGGCCAGAAUCUUGCGUUCCACCAAUCCGGCAAAGGUCUCCUUUUCCAGUUUGGUGGCCAAUUCAGUGCCUGUAGCAAGUUGUUCGAGAAAACGUUGUAUGGAUUUGGUAUAGCGCUUCUUUUUGUUGACGCGACGAUUUUCUUGUCGCACGUAGAGUUCUUGCAACAACGCCGUGGUGGCGGGGACACUGACGGGUUCGGUGGACACGACCAAGAAGGACAGUUGUUUCUUCUGUCCUUCCGGGGAAUCCCACAGCAAUUUCAGGCGUCCUGCCAGUAAUAGGUCGGCAAGAUGGGCCGCCAAAAAGCGCGCACUGGUUGAAGCGGAACGAGGUUCCACCGUGCCUCCUUGAGCUUCUUGUUGCCACAAGAGGGCAAAGGAUUCGCCAAUGGACAAGUGAGAUCGAUGCCACGUUCGAAUAUCUUCUCGCGGUUUCACUUCCAGUAAAUGGCCCAAACACAACAUGGACGCCAAAAUGUUGCGGGCUGAUUCGGCUUCGUCUGUCAUUUUAUUAGAUAGAUCGUUCCUUUCUUACUUUCUUACUUUCUUACUUGCUUGCUUGGAGUUGGGUGAGUGAUUUCGUUCUUUCUUUGUGGAUGAAGAUGAAGUCCUGAUGAGGUCUUUACAAGAGACCGACCUAAUGUACCAUACCUUUAGAUGAUGAAAGACCAGCUUUGAUCUUUGAAACAUCCCAACGAUUUUGGAUGUGGGAGAGGGAAAAGAUCGCGAUCUUUUGAAAAGCCUGAACCCUACCGUAGGUACUUCGGCAAACCUGCGCUCCUCGACACGUUGGACGCAUGGUGCUGGCAACGAGGGCUGACUCAAAACUGCUGUUGCUCCAAUCCAUCUCUACUAUACAAAGGACACCCAGGAGUUAAUAGUAUAUACCGGGCGAGAUGAAUUAAAAGAUGGGCCGCAGUUCGAUGAGGGUACUCGGUUACCAGUACUGAGAGGUAAUAUUGUUGAAGUUUGGUCUGAAGG